UUUUAUUGUCUCUGAUGAAAUUUCCAUGUUUUUGUUUUCUCUGAUUUCUAUGCCUUUUAAAAAAAAAUCUUGUAAUGGGGCGUUGGGUAACUGUUUCAUUGAUUCGAUGUUCUUCUUCUCCUUCAAUUUUUUUUUUCUUUCACUCUUUUGUCGUGUGGGGUUAGAACAAGAAUGGUUGUCGGAUUUUCACAUAUUUGUUUUCACUAAAUAAACGUUUUUUUUUUUUUCUUUCUGGGAUUGAGGUUUCUGUUUGAUAGCUAAUAAAAAUCGAAACUUUAAAACGUUUACAACUGGGGAUUCCAGAAUCAUGUCAAGACCUGCUCAGCUUCCUCCUCGUUGCCCGAUUCCAAAGAAGCUGUCUUUGAAUCCGGUUGCAGAUACUUUUUACUCUUCUUCCUCACCCGUUGAUUCAUACAUUGCCCAAUACAAGUCUUCUACUCAUGAUUCCAGGCUCGAGGAUCAACCUGCUUGGCUUGAUGAGUUGCUCUGUGACAAAACUGAUGGGAUGCUCACUGGUGGUGGAGGAGGAGGUCCUCUGCGCCGCUCAGCUAGCGACUCUGUUGUGCUUUUGGGUGACAUCUCAGCUGACUUUUCUGGCUUUAACCAAAGUGAAGAUGAAGAAAGUUUGACUUCUGAACCUUGUGGGGAGUUGGAGUCUGCUUGUUGUGUUUACGGUCCCAACUCUCCAAGAGCAAAGAACAACUCAAGCUUCUCUAACAACCCUAUUGUCUCGGCCUUUUCUGAUUAUGGUUCUCAGAAACCUCCUCAGAACUUGGAUAAUACGGUGAAAGGGAUAGAUUUUUCACCUCUUGGUGAAACUGCUUGUGGUUCUAUGGGCGUACCAAAUGCAAAAAGGAACCCUGGACAGCGUUCGAGAGUUCGUAAGCUCCAGUACAUUGCUGAACUUGAGAGAACGGUAGCCAUGUUGCAGUCAGUGGAAGCGGAUCUUUCAGUGAGAGUGGCUUCACUUCUUCAGACACGCGCAACGCUGUCCCUGGAGAAUAGCCAGUUGAAGCAGCAGAUGGCAAUACUGAAGCAGGAAAAGCUCAUAAGGGAAGGUGAGUAUCAGGUACUGAAGAAGGAAGCUCAAAGAUUAAAAUCUGGAUUGGGAUACUCAGGGAGCAAUAACAGGCUGGUCAGGUCAUAUUCUGCUGGUUCAAAUAUAGUUCCAAGGAAAGCUUCGUCCCACUUGGACUGGAAUUUGGUAGAUCUGACCAAGCUCAAUCUCAACUAAAGACAAACCCCUCAACAAGAAUAAGUGGCUUAAGGAGUUGACAGUUCUAUGUUUGGAUAAAGAACAAAUCUCUGUCGAUUUGUAUAAAUAUGAUUUAGGAGUAUAAAGUAUUCCACUAUAUUGAUCGAAACUCGAGAGAGUAUGGGACUUAGUUUGUUUUAGCGAAAAUGUUCUGAUUUUAGAAUUCUAGUUAAGACAUUUUAACGGUUGUUACUUCCCUUGUCGUAGCUCAUUGUGGUGGUGGCUUUGAAUUAUGCAAGAGGACGAGCAAAGCGACGUCGUUUCUUUCCUGAAGUUUCUUAUUUUUUAUAUAUAUUAUUCCCUUUAUUACC